AUGAAAGACGACCUUAGCCACAUUCAAAUCAGGAACGAGAAUAAGGGCAAGACCCUGUCAUCAUACGUCGUCCUUAUAGACGAGGUUAUAGACCAAGAGAAGACAUCCUUUAUCACCAGUCAAGGCUUGUUCUAUUACAAGGAAAUGCCCUUCGGUUUGAAGAACACGGGGGCAACCUAUCAAAGGUUGGUUAACCAUAUUUUUUGUCCACAGAUUGGAUGGAAUGUGGAAGUCUAUGUAGAUGAUAUGCUGGUGAAGAGUUUAGACGAUGGGAAGCACUUGGACGACCUUCAAGAGACCUUUGAUACACUUAAGCAGUACAACAUGAAGUUGAAUCCUAGCAAGUACACUUUUAGAGUUUCAUCAGGAAAAUUCCUCGGAUUCAUGGUUUCACAUUGGGGAAUUGAAGAAAAUCCUGAUAAGAUUCAGGUUCUUAAAAAGGUGUUUGAAUGGACGAACGAGUGUCAGAAAUCUUUCCAAGACCUCAAGACCUACCUCACUACAGCUCCUCUGUUGAGCCCGUCUGUGCCUAGUGAAGAGUUGUAUUUGUAUCUAACAAUGUCCCCACAUGUAGUGAGCUCGGCUUUGAUUAAAGAAGAAGGAAGGGUGCAAAAGCCGAUCUACUAUACAAGCCAAGUGCUAAGAGAGGCGGAAGGACGAUACCCUAUGAUGGAAAAACUAGCAUUCGCUUUGGUUACAGCUUUUAGGAGGUUAAGGCAUUAUUUUCAAGCUCAUUUCAUCAAUGUCUUGACAAAUCAUCCAUUAAAGAAGGCAAUGAACAAAUUGGAAGCCGCAGGACGAUUGAUCCAAUGGGCCAUAGAACUUAGUAAGUUCGCUGUUAGGUACCAACCAAGAAGCACGAUAAAAGCACAAGUACUGGCAGACUUCAUUGUAGAGUUUACUCCGAGUCAAGGAGAGCUAGACGAACUACGCAAAGCUCAAAAAUGGGUCGUCCAUGUGGAUGGGUCGUCUACACUCCAUACAGGAGGGAUAGAAGUUGUUUUGCAGUCCCCAAAAGGAGAUGAGUUGAAGUACAAAGUUCACUUGCAAUAUUCAGCAACCAAUAAUGAAGUGGAGUAUAAAGCCCUUCUUAAGGGGUUAGAGUUGGCAAAAUCCUUGGGGCCAGAAUCACUAUUCGUCCAUGGAGACUCUCAGCUGGUUAUAGGUCAAGUGAAUGGAACGUAUGAAGCAAAGGAAGAACGGAUGAAGAAGUAUCUUAAUAAGGUAAGACGCCUUGUGAAAAGAUUUAAAGAAGCUAGUUUCAUUCAAGUCCCAAGAGAAGAAAACAUGAAAGCAGACACCUUAGCGAAGGAAGCCUCAGCGAAUGACUCAGCGGACGAGUUUGAUGAAAUUCAAUAUAUGCUGAGCAUAGAUCUUCCAGAGGUACAACAGAUAGAAGAAGAAGAAAGUUGGAUGACCCCAAUAGUGGCUUACCUAAAGGAUGGAAGGAUUCCAGAAGGAAGAGACGAGUCUAGAAAGUUGAGAAUCAGAUCAGCCAAAUACAACUUUAUAGACAAUGUGCUAUAUAAAAGAGGCUUUUCCCAGCCUUAUCUAAGAUGCUUGGCCCCAGACGAGGCAAACUAUGUGUUAAGGGAAAUUCAUGAAGGGGCAUAUGGAAACCACUCAGGAGCAAGGGCACUAGUCCAUAAAGUCGUUCGUGCAGGUUAUUAUUGUCCAACCAUUCAAGCAGAUGCAAAAGCUUACGUCAAGGCAAAUGAAAGUUUUAGUAGUAGGGAUAGACUACUUCACCAAGUGGGUGGAAGCGGAACCCCUGGCAAAGAUCACACAGUAGAAUGUCAAGAACUUCGUUUAGAAGAACAUUGUAUGUAG